CCUUUAGUGUGCGUAGCAUUUGCGCCUCCUGCCUUCAGAGAGGUGGUGAAGCAGAAUUUACUUUACGGAAUUUAAUCUUGUCUUUCGUUGUACGACUGACUGAAGGGUUUUAACGGAGAGGAAAGACGCUUUUCACAGGGCGAAAUGUUAAACAUGUGGAAAGUAAAGGACUUGGUUGAAAAGGCAACCAAUGUCGUGAUGAACUACUCAGAGGUGGAAUCCAAAGUCAGGGAGGCAACCAACGAUGAUGCUUGGGGACCGCCAGGUCAGCUGAUGAGCGACAUCUCGAGAGCCACCUUCAUGUAUGAGCAGUUCCCAGAGGUGAUGAACAUGCUGUGGGCCCGAAUGCUGAGAGACAACAAAAAGAACUGGAGGAGAGUUUACAAGUCUCUACUACUGUUGGCCCAUCUCAUCAAGAAUGGAUCAGAGCGGGUCGUGACCAGUGCCAGAGAACAUCUGUACGACCUUAGAUCGUUAGAAAGUUACCAUUUUGUAGAUGAAAACGGGAAGGACCAGGGCGUGAAUGUGCGCCAUAAGGUUAAGGAACUCGUGGAAUUUGUUCAAGACGACGACAAACUCAGGGAGGAACGAAAAAAAGCAAAGAAGAACAAAGACAAAUACAUCGGCGUGUCCUCUGACAGUAUGUCGUACCGCGGCUACCCUGGGGACCGGUACGAAUGGGGCGAAAAUCGUGGAAAGUGGGACGAUGACUGGGACAAGAGUAAAGGGCAGUUUCCCUUCAGUGAGAAGUUGGGAGAGAUCAGUGACAAGAUCGGCAGCACCAUAGAUGACACCAUCAGCAAGUUCAAGAAGAACGACAGAGAUGAUUCACCAGAUCGAUUUAGUGAAAAUGAGGAGGAGAGGAGUCGCUCAUCUUACAAUGGCCAAUCAGGAAAAGUCUUCAAAGAUGAAGAAGAGACGGUCACUACAAAGAGCGUACAAAUAGUCCAAUCAACAGAGACCACGGCUACACGCAAAAGAGGAGGCGUCCCCUCCAAAAUAGUAGACCUCGGGGCCGCGGCCCAUUACACAGGUGACGCCAGUCCAAACGCUUCAGUCAAGGCUCAACCAGCAGCUGCCGUUCCUCAGGCCACGUCCUCGGGCCUCUCUGACCUCUUCAUGGUCGACACGGCGUUGAGCCAGAACACUGCCGCAGACUUGAUCAGUGGAUUUGCUGACUUCUCCUCACCUGCUGCAGUAGGCAUGUCCCCAGGAUCUGCCACACAGCCCUCCAACAGUAACGGAGACUUUGGAGAGUGGAACGCCUUUCCUGGAGGUCAGAUGCCAGUGUCUGCUCAGGCUGCAGACUUCAGCAAAAACGACCUUUUUGGCCCCAUGACAACAAGUCCUGUCGCGGCGCCUGCACCAGCUCCAGUCCCGGCUGCGGCCGCUGCUCCUGCCUCAGCAGAUCUCUUUGACCUGAUGGCUCCGACUCAGUCCCUCACCUCCUCCCAGAGCCUCAACUUCAGCAUGAGCAGCACACAGACCAUGAGCAACACAGUUCUGCCCCAGUCUAGGUCACAGCAGCCUUUCCAGAACAUGGGGGCUUCCCUGCAGCCCCAGUCCCUCCAGUCCCUCCAGCCUCUGCAGCCUCUGCAGCAGGGAGUGGUGAAGCAUGGUGCAGGAGCCAAAGCCUCUCUGCCGUCCACCUGGGCUGACCAUUCUGUAAACAUCAACCUGGACUUUCUGGGUCCGGGCGGGCAGCCCCCCAAGCCUAGCCAGCCCAGCCUCAACAAAUUACAACAAGGUAACCAGACAAACAUUCUCUCUCAAGGAAUGUCAGCCAUGAGUCUGGGACCUACAGCAGUCAGACCUCCUGGAAACCCAAUGAUGCACGCGGCUCCUGGGAUGGGCAUGGGCAUGGGGAUGCCCCCCAACCAGGGCAUGAUGGGGAUGCCCCCCAACCAGGGCAUGAUGGGGAUGCCCCCCAACCAGGGCAUGAUGGGGAUGCCCCCCAACCAGGGCAUGAUGGGGAUGCCCCCCAACCAGGGCAUGAUGGGGAUGCCCCCCAACCAGGGCAUGAUGGGGAUGCCCCCCAACCAGGGCCUGAUGGGGAUGCCCCCCAACCAGGGCAUGAUGGGGAUGCCCCCCAACCAGGGCAUGAUGGGUAUGGCCUCCAACCAGGGCAUGAUGGGUAUGGCCAUGAACAUGGGGAUGCCCCAGGGAGGCAUGACUAUGGGGAUGCCCGGGGUCAUGGGGAUGGGGAUGAGUCCUGCAGUGGUGCAGCAGCCUAAACACGAUGCCUUCGCUGACUUUGGCAACUUUGGAAAAUGAUGGAGUGAAGGCAUUUAGGAGGAGUGGUGUUGGUCUGUCUGUGUCUGUGUCUGUUGGUGAAGGAUUAUAAUGAGCUGCAAAGAAACAGAAAGUACUUGAAUAAUGUCAGCAAUCAUCAGACUAACACCCUGCAGUCUGCUUUCUAAGAGUGACACCACGUUGUGGUAAAAACCUGAAUGUGUGUGUAUGUGUGUUUGUAAGGAUUCAGUGCAAAGAAAGUGUGUGUGUGUGUGUGUGGUUGCGCGCCCGUGCACGGGCACGUGUCUGCCAUGGUGAGAGCGUUCAGAAGGAUGUGCCUAAUAACCUCAAUCAACGGAAUGACCAGAAUAGCAAAAAUGUAAAAACAGUAGCUGAUUUAUCUUUUUGUACUUUCCAGAACCAGACGUUUGGAUGAAAUGACCUUUUAGCCAUUUUAACUUUCUAACGUGGGGCGUGGACGUCGACGCUCGCUCUCACUUUUUCACUGAGCUGUAAAUAGAAAUCUGGAGCCCGGGAAAAAUUCUAAGUUAUGAAGUUCCUGUAGAAGAGCAGUGACAAUGUGAAGGGUUUUAUUCUGCAGACCAAAUGAAUUAUGACGCCUCUCUGUUCUUCAGCGCCCACUGGUGGCCUUCAGCUCGAGGAGCCAUGACGGUGAACGUGCGAGAUUGUCUUUAAACAGACCGUCACUUGUGGCCUUUCAUAGUAGUGUAGUGACUACAUAUAUCAAAUAAAUGUUUGUCUAUAUUUGUUACCUAAGAGGAAUGUUCUAAUCAGUCAAAUGAGAUCAUCCACGAGUAGAAAGAACCAGGUGUGUGUGUGGGGGAGGGGCGGGGGGGAGGUGGUCUUUAACACAGACCCCUGCCUCCACCCACCUCCGUCUGGUGGAGACGGCUGCUGACACCUCAGCUGUACUCGUGCCUGAAGCCAGGAGUCCAGGUGACGAACUGUCCACGGGUGUGUCCACUCCAGUCCACUCCACUCUGAUUUGUGCCUUCAUGCAUGACAUUUUAUUUAUUUCACUUUUAGAACAAAGUGAAACUUUAGUUUAUAUUAAAAAAAACGUGAUCAGGAUAAAGACAAACGUCCAGUGUUGUGUUUCAAACGUUGGUCCUGACGAACGCUGCCUUCGUUACCUUCACACUGCAGUCUGGGGAGUGUCCACAGGGGCCGCUGUGGUGCUGUGUGUUGGACUCUGGUGACGGUCCUCGUCUUCUGUGUGAUUCAAGUGCCUGUCCAUGUUUACCUCCGGGUCCCUGUGAUGGAGUGUGUGUGUGUGUGUGUGUGUGUGUGUGGUCCACUGACCAGAGGAGGGACAGUGGACUGUGUCGGCCCAGUAGGAUCAAAGUCGUUCUUCCCUUCUCUCCCAGAGGCUCAGGAAGCCAAGCAUCAGAGUGUCGAGCAUCGAAAUGACCAAAAUCUCUUUGCUGUUUCAUUCACAAAUCACAUUAGAUUGUUUUAUGCAUUGUUUUUUUUUUUCUUUUUUUUUUUUUUUACAUCGAAUCUUUUGGACCGCUGAAAUAGAAUUGUUACUAAAACACUAGUAUAUGCAAUUGUUAAAGAAAAUUUUGCAUUUUUUUGUUGAUUUGAUUUAAAUAUGAAGAUUCUUUAUUUACAACAUUAAACAGUUGAUUGACA